AACAUAAACAUCUAGUUUAGAGAGAGAGAGAGAGAGAGGAAAAAAAGAAGAAGAAGAAAGCUAAAACGCUUCAUUCGUGACUCCCCGAUUCCAUUUAUCCGAUCGUACGGACGCCAUCUCCGAUUCAACAAGAUCCGCCAUUGAAGAGCUCCGAUUCGAUCUCUUCUUAAGAAAACCAGAGGUAAUUCACCAACAGGAAUCCUGAUUUUAGCUUUAUAGUUUGAAUUGAUUCUUCAACAAUGGCGCCGAGCACGAUUCGCAAGGCGAUUGGCGCCGUGAAGGACCAGACGAGCAUCAGCCUGGCCAAGGUCGCCGGCAACAUUGCGCCGGACCUGGAGGUGCUCGUCGUGAAGGCCACGAGCCACGAUGAAGACCCCGCCGACGAGAAGUACGUCCGGGAAAUCGUCAACCUAACGUGCUACUCGCGCGGCUACGUGAGCGCCUGUCUCGCCGCGGUGUCGAAGCGAUUGGGGAAGACUCGUGACUGGAUCGUGGCUCUCAAAUCGCUGAUGCUUGUCCACAGGGUUUUGAUCGAAGGCCACCCUUCGUUCGAGGAGGAAAUCGUGUUCUCAACGAGGAGGGGAAUGAGGGUUUUGAAUUUGUCGGAUUUCCGUGACGAGGCGCAUUCGAAUUCCUGGGAUCACGCCGGCUUCGUGAGGCUCUAUGCGGCGUAUCUCGACGAGAGGGUCGAGAGUUUCGUGUUCGAGAAGAAAUCGAGAGAUCGUCGCGAGAGUGGAGAGAAUCGGGAUGAGUAUGGUCAUGGACUGCCGAGGAGAUCGAGGUCUUAUGGCGAUUUAAACGAUUUGGAGCAAAGAAGAGAAGGUGCCGGUGCUACUACUACGCCUAUGAGAGAAAUGUGGCCUGAAAUGGUGUUGGCAAAGCUGAAUCAGUUGCUUCGGAUUCUUGACCGGAUUCUGGCAUGCAGGCCGGCGGGGGCGGCUAAAAGCAAUAGGCUCGUGAUCGUCGCGCUUUACCGGAUUAUCAAGGAGAGUUUUGGGACUUAUGUUGAAGUCUGCGAGGCGUUGAAGGUCUUGUUGGAUCGGUUUACGGAGAUGGAGUAUGGGGAUUGUGUUAAGGCUUUCAAUGUUUAUGUUGGCGCGGCGAAGAUGAUUGAUGAGCUUGCCGGGUUCUAUGGUUGGUGUAAGGAUAUGGGGAUUGGGAGGUCGUCUGAGUACCCGGAAGUUCAGAGAAUAACUGAUAAGCUCUUGGGGACGCUUGAGGGGUUCUUGAAGGAGAUGGAGAAUAGACCGAAAAGUCCCCAGAGAAGUAGGGAAGAGAAGGAGCUAGUUGGGGAGGAGACACUUCAGGAUAUGAAUGAGAUCAAGGCUUUACCUGCGCUGGAGAAUUACUCUCCGCCGCCACCACGGCCGCCGCCGUCGGAAGUGGUAACUAAGCCAUCACAGGCUCAGCAGGAGACCGAGGACUUGGUGAAUUUGGGGGAUGAUGGUGUUUCAGCUGAUGAGCAGGGAAACAAAUUGGCUUUGGCUCUAUUCUCUGGGCCUGCAACAACUACUAACACAAAUGGUUCGUGGGACGCUUCCCCUACGGACGGAGAGCCCGAGAUGACCUCCGCGUGGCAGAACCCGGCUGCCGAGAGCGGCAAAGCUGACUGGGAGUUGGCACUUGUUGAAUCUGCGAGCAAUCUAUCAAAGCAGAAGGCAGAUUUACCAGGAGGUUUUGAUCCAUUGCUACUAAAUGGAAUGUAUGAUCAAGGGACAGUGAGACAGCAUGUGAGCACCGCGCAGAUGAGCGGCGGAAGUGCGAGCAGUGUGGCGUUGCCUGGACCAGGCAAGAGCGCGUCUCCAGUGCUGGCUCUGCCUGCACCAGACGGGACGAAGCAAGCAGUGGGCAAUCAGGAUCCGUUCACCGCUUCUCUCUCCGUGCCGCCUCCUUCGUACGUUCAGAUAGCGGAUAUAGAGAGGAAGCAGCAGUUGCUUGUGCAGGAACAGCAUGUGUGGCAGCAAUAUGGAAGGGAAGGGAUGCAAGGGCAAGUGGGUUUGGCCAAGAUUGCUGGAGGGCCAGGCUGCUAUGGCACCAAUCCUCAGCAAAUGAUGCCUUAUGGAAUGCCACAGUUCAACACCAUGGGGCAACCAGGAGGAUACUACCACACACCUUAUUGACUUGUUCUUUUGCUGCAGUAUAUCUGGGACAUUUCCUGAUGCCUAUAUCUAUUCUAGUUGCCCUUACCUUCUUUCUUUGGAAGAGUUUAUAUGUCCUGUUUUUUACUUUUGGUUUUGUUUUGUUCUUUUUUGUCGUUGGUUCAACUUGUUUCUUUACUUAACUGCAUCAUAUUUGAGUGAGAAAGAUACAUAUAUGAGGCUCUUGAGAGUUUGGGUACGCAUGUAAAGUCGGGGAUUUUAUGCCUCCCCCUUUAUCCUCUGUAAUUUCCAUACUUGUGUGAAAU